CUUGAUAUUCAAUAUAUUCAUCUGAAAAUUAAACGUUACUCAUCUUCGUAUUGUACAUAUUUCAUCACACGUAUCGGUAGUAAUUUGAAAAUUAUAUGCUGGAAGGUACCUUAGGGGUUUAAUUUUAUUGAAUUAUUCAUUCUGCAACCUUUAAUCUUUCACCGUAUGUAGCUGAUUUGUUCCGGCUGCUUACUGCCAUUGUACUAAGAAAGGAUAAAAAAGACGAGUAUAUAUAUCCUUUCUUACAAUCCAUGGCUGAUGAAACUACAAGGAAUAUCAUAAGCUUGAAGGCAUUGGUGGACAAGGAGAGGAACAAUGUUAUCUUCAUAGAGUCUGACGAUUUUAUCGACAUUCUAUUUAGUUUCUUAACAAUACCAAUGGGAACAAUUGUCAGAAAUACCCGAAAGCAUUCAGUACCGAUGGAAAUAGGUUGCAUGAGCAAUUUGUAUGCCAGUGUUGAAAAUAUUGAUGUUCAGCAUCUCCAAACUGAAGCAUGUAGAAGGAUGUUGCUAUGUCCCCACAGUGGGGUUGAACAUCAUUGCAAAAAUCUCAAACUGAAGAUUGAUGAUGAUGAGCAGACGGGGUACUUUCUGUGUGACAGUUGGCAAUGCACCUUUGACAAUAAGUUAUUAAGUCACUACAAAGGUGUCCGUUGUCAGUGUGGAGCAUACAUGAAUUUGAAGUGCAGACUUUCAGGUUCAUCCGCUUCUGAGAAAAAUGGGGGCAUCUUUGUCAACGGAUUCGGUGGUCUUAUAGUAACUGAUGGUUUACAUGUGAUAUCCCCAUUAUCUGUAGCAAGCAAUACCUUGUUUAUGGAGCUUGGAGUCAUGAGUGAGAAUAGUACUACCGAAGAACUGACUUUGAAUGUAGGCGUUGAUGAGGUUCUGAAUUUGAUUAAGCGCUCAUUCGUAUCAAAGAAACCAUUGACAGAAACUCUAUUGGGUCACAAUCCCAAACCAAAGCUAUUAAGUAAUGCAAAUCUUAAUCAACGAAUACGUAGUGAAUCUCGAAUGCUUGGAGAAGACAUGAUCCUGAUUAAGGAAGAAGAAAAAAAGAUUUCUGUUAAGUUAACAGUUAGCAGGUCGAGAAAUAUUGUUUGUUAUGCAGAAGCAGAAGAGGAUUUUGUCAAUUUACUCUUCGGAUUCUUGACUGUUCCACUUGGAUUUAUAGUCAAACACAUGAGAGAAGCCUCUUCAAAGGGGUGCAUUGAUCAGCUGUACAAGAGCGUCCAAGAUCUUGAUGAGCAGUACUUGAAGUCAAAUUACCACAAGGAUAUUCUACUAAAUCCCAAGCUUUAUCCUGGUUUUUGCUACGAGAAUUAUCUUUUGGGAGUCGAGGAUGGCUCAGUAGCCUCGUAUUAUUAUGCAAUUUGGUUUGAGGGACGUUUGCAGGAUAUAUUAACAGCGGAUGAAAAACUAAUCCCUUCCACUGCAGUGACGGUUCCACUCAAAUUGCUGGACAGUAAAAAUCCUCAUGGGUAUUUGAAAGGGUCGUCAGUGUUCAUGAUAACUGACAAGCUGAUCAUAAGGCCUAUAUCCCCUCUCUUUGGCUUUUCGGUUUUGAACGAGCUAACUGUACCCUUGACUGACAUUAAGGAGGAAAGUGUUCAGGUUGGCAAGAAAGAGGCUCUGCAGCUUUUGGUGGCUUCUUUUCUAGGCGAAUCUGCUCAAUGA